AUGAUCCUGAGCAUCACAUGUACGUUCACCCACGAUGCUCGCUUAAAAAAGGGACGGGGUUUGACAGCACGAAUUAAUCGAUUAAGCAUCAUUUCCGACACGAUCAAAACAUCCGCCUUCUUCCUUUUUUCACUGCAACGCCGAACGCUACAGAAGUGUCGAUCUGUGAGCGAAAUUAAUACACAAGUGCCACGUGUCCCUUUUGCCAAUUUAAUACAAGGCAUCGGCCGUUGCAUCCGACCAGUUAACCAUCCGCCAGUGUCGCGCACCGGUUUUGGAGACAGCGCAAUACGGCGUGCCUUCUCGGCUUGCACGCCUACAUACAGGCGAAGGAACCUUCUGGAGCUCCACGCUCAAGCGUACCGCAGUUUACUCUGCAUCAUCCUCUGUCGUCGAACCUUCCUAUAAGGGCAAGCGGAAUAUUGCC